AUGGAGGGCAAGACACGCCUCACUGAUUGCACGUGGCAUGGCUCCGAUGGCUCGCGUAUAGGUGGCGACCUCUCCAUUAGCCUCGUGGGCAAGCAUCACAACUACAUUUAUGACGUGGCAGUGCUGCUGUGCACACUCAACAGCGCCACCAAGGCAGCAGGCGGGCACCUGGAAGCAAGGAUAGAGCAGGAGAUGCUAUACCCGUACAGGGAGGAGGCCAGUGAGCCACUGGAAGCGCCAUCCCCUCUCCCUCUGAACGUAGCGGCAUGCGUGGCGCCCAUCCACGGCAGCAUCGACGCCAGGAGGCUCCUCGAGUGGCUGCACUUCCACCGCGUGCUGCUCCCUGUGGACCGCUUCCUGCUCUACGACGCGGGGGGCAUUAAGGGCAACGGGGAGGCGGGGGCGGCGCACAGGGAGGUGCAGCGGGUGCUGGCGCCAAGGGUGAAGCGGGGCAUGGUGGACGUGACGUGGGGGUUCAGAGAGGUGCUGCAGUGGGACGUGUGGAACUACGGGGAGGUAUGUAACUAUGGGGAUGUGGGGGGUGAUUGGCAUGUGGGGGAUGGGAUGGGCUGUACUGACUGCAUAUACCGGACGCGCAACGCCGCCCGCUGGCUGCUCGUGUCCGACAUCGACGAGUACCUCCAAAUCCCGCCGCCCCUCUCGCUGCCAGCGCUGCUACAGGAGCACGAGUCGCUCCCGUGGCUGACCUUUGGCGCUACAGCCUUCAACGGCUCCUUCUGCUCGCCGCUACAGCUGCCACCGCAGGCAGCAGGGGGAGGGGAGGGGGAUGUGGAGGGUGGGGGAGGGGAAGAGGGGAGUGGGGGCAGGGAGGAGGGUGAGGAGGAGAGGAAGCGGGCUGCUGCGAUGGCUGCUAAUGAGGCCAAAGCUGCUUUCGCCGUGGAAAGAAUGCGGUUCAGGUGGGUGAAAUGUGGUGCUCGUGGGUGGCCCCACCCCGUGUGCUCUGCUACAGACGUCUACAGCGCCAGCCAAUGCCUGGACGAGGAAGGCUCACGCCGCCACAUCCUCAACCCACGCCAGGCUAUCACCGCUACAGCCAAUAGCGUCGCGUCGUCCCGCCCGGGAAUCAACCUCCCCGUGGAGACUGCCAGGCUGGCACGCUUCCCUGGUGUCAGCCAAUCGGGGUUUGCCACGUGUACGCUGGGCGAGCCGAGCGACAGCUGGUGGGAGAGGGAGGAGGGGGUGGCGGCGCUGGGAGAGGCAGCGAGGAGGUGUCCUGCUUUGAAGCCAUGGACGAAAGGGGCAUCUGCUGAGGGUGAGUACGGUGGUGGGAGAGGAAGGCGGGGGUGGUUCGCUGGGAGACGUUGCUCAGAGAUGCCCAGAUUAGAUCACUGGGCGGAAGGGACCGACGGCUGUGGUGGGAAGAGCAGACUAGGCGGCAUAGACCCGCACACCCAUCUGGCCAUGCCCUUCAUGGGAACAGAGUCCUGCGACGAUUUCUUCUCGGGUCAGGCGGCAGCGCUGGCAGGCGGCACCACCUUCCACAUCGACUAUGUGCUGGGGGCCACGCCGGCUGCAGGGGGGGAUCUGCUGCGGAUUCUGGCGGAGUAUGAGGGGAAGGCAAGGGGCAAUGCGGUGAUGGACUAUGGGUUUCACAUGGGUGUCACGCGGUGGAGUGCGGCCGUGGAGAAGGAUAUGGAAGAGGUGGUGAAGCGAGGCAUAAACUCGUUCAAGUUCUUCAUGGCGUACAAGGGCGCUCUGCAGGUGGACGACCAGCAGCUACUCGAUGGGUUCACUCGCUGCAAACAGCUUGGCGCCAUCCCCCAGGUCGAGAACGGAGAUGCAGUGGUGUGGGGGCAGCAGCACAUAUUCGACCUUGGGAUCACCGGCCCCGAAGGCCACCCCUUGUCCCGCCCUCCUGAGGUGGAGGAGGAGGCGACAGGCAGGGCCAUUCGGUUGGCGAAUGUGGUGGGGGUGCCGCUGUACGUGGUGCAUGUCAUGAGCGCUGGGGCCGCCAGGGAGGUGGCCGAGGCCAGGCGCAGAGGGGCCGCCAGGGAGGUGGCAGAGGCCAGGCGCAGAGGUGAGGCGGAAAGGCGAGGCACAGAUUUGUACGUGGUGCAUGUCAUGAGUGCUGGGGCCGCCAAGGAGGUGGCAGAGGCCAGGCGCAGAGGUGAGGCACGGGAGCACUGCCAGGUAGGUGGCGGAGGCGAGGCGCAGAGGUUUGUGAUGAGUCCACCCAUCCGCUCAGCAGAGCACGUGGCAGCAGUCAAAGCAGCACUCGCCACUGGCACGCUGCAGCUGGUGGCCACGGACCACUGUCCAUUCAACUCGUCUCAGAAGGCCAAAGGGCGCCACGACUUCCGCCUCAUUCCCAACGGGGUCAACGGUGAGGCGAAGUCAACGGGGAUACGUGCGAGGAUAUUCAACCUGUACCCACAGAAGGGCGUGGUGGCAGAGGGUGCGAGGAUAUUCAACCUGUACCCACAGAAGGGCGUGGUAGCUGAGGGUUCAGAUGCUGACGUGAUCGUGUUGAAUCCACGAGGCAGCACCACCAUCAGUGCUGCCUCUCACCACUCCCGCAUUGACACCAACGUCUACGAGGGGUGGCGCAUGCAGGGCAACAUCGAGGUGACGGGCAACAUCGAGGUGACAGUGAGUCAGGGCAGGGUGGUGUGGCAGCACGGGCGGCUGAACGUCACCCGGGGGGCGGGGCGGUUUGUCCCCAUGCGGCCGUUCGGCCCGCUGUUCCACGGCAUGCAGGCGAGGGAUGCCGCCCGCCUGCACUCGUACCACGCCCCUGCGAGGGAUUCUGCCGGCCGCCUGCCCUCGUACGAUACCCCUGUGAGACGAGAUGAGGAGGGGAGCGGUGCUGCUGACGUUGCUGCUUUCUAA